CGCAGAUCAGCCGCAGUGUCUGCUGCCGCCCAAAAGGGAUGGAGCUCGGGUAGCUAAGGAGGUAGGCGAAAAAGCAAGAUGGCCGAUGGUGAGGAGAUGCGGGGCAGCAACGACAGCGUGGGGCCCUCGGCCUUCCGAUCCAGGGCCCGAAAGGGGGCUCUCAAGAAGAAGAAUGUCAUCUGUGUAAAGGACCACCGGUUCAUACCCAGAUUUUUCAAGCAGCCCACCUUCUGCAGCCACUGCAAGGAUUUCAUUUGGGGUUUUGGAAAACAAGGAUACCAGUGCCAAGUUUGUAGUUUUGUGGUACAUAAGAGGUGCCAUGAAUUUGUCACUUUCAAGUGCCCGGGAGUCGACAAAGGUGUCGAUUCAGAUGAUGCGAGGACGAAGCAUCAGUUUCUGGUGCAUACUUAUACGGGCCCUACCUUCUGUGAUCACUGCGGGUCUCUUCUGUAUGGGAUCAUCCACCAGGGAUACAAAUGCAAAGCUUGUGACAUGAACGUUCAUAAACGAUGCCAAGAAAGCGUACCGAAUCUUUGUGGAUGCGAUCACACUGAGAGAAGAGGAAGGAUCGAGCUGAAAGUAUCGGCUGUCAACAAUAAACUAAUUUGUGAAGUGAGACAGGCGAAGAACUUGAUCCCUAUGGAUCCCAAUGGGCUCUCCGAUCCUUAUGUCAAAAUAAAGCUGGUGCCAGAUACGGGGGAGACGAUGAAGCGGAAGACGAAGACAAUCAAAGCCAACCUGAAUCCUCACUGGGGUGAAACAUUAUCUUUCGACUUGAAACCAGAGGACAAGGACAGGAGACUACUAGUCGAGGUAUGGGACUGGGACAGGACAUCUCGAAACGAUUUCAUGGGCUCGCUGUCCUUUGGAAUAUCCGAAAUCAUGAAGAGUCCCGCCGAAGGAUGGUUCAAAUUGCUCACUGCCGAAGAAGGCGAAUUCUACAACGUUCCAGUGCCCCCAGAUGAUAAAGACAUUUCAGAGCUCAAAACACAAAUGAAAACCCGUAUCUCCAUGUCUUAUAAGAAAUCCGAAAAGAUUUCCGCCAUCACAGACAUUCCACACAACAUGGGGAAACAAGACGUCAUUAGGGCUUCGGAUUUCCAUUUCAUUAUGGUUCUAGGAAAAGGCAGUUUUGGUAAGGUGAUGCUUGCCGAAAGGAAAGGUACCGAUGAAUUAUAUGCUAUUAAAAUUUUGAAGAAGGACAUUAUAAUUCAAGACGAUGACGUGGAGUGUGCGAUGGUAGAAAAAAGGGUUUUAGCUUUAGCAAACAAACCACCAUUCCUUGUACAGUUGCAUUCUUGUUUCCAAACCAUGGAUAGGCUAUAUUUUGUAAUGGAAUAUGUAAAUGGAGGUGACCUUAUGUUUCAAAUACAACAGUGCGGCAAAUUUAAAGAACCCGUGGCUGUGUUUUACGCAGCUGAAAUAGCAAUUGGUAUGUUUUUCCUUCAUAACAGAGGCAUAGUAUACAGAGAUUUAAAACUCGAUAAUGUGCUGCUGGACUCUGACGGCCAUGUCAAAAUAGCCGAUUUCGGCAUGUGCAAAGAAGGCAUUAUGGGUGAUAAGACAACAAAGACCUUCUGCGGCACACCAGAUUACAUUGCUCCAGAGAUUAUAUUGUAUCAGCCUUAUGGCAAGUCAGUGGAUUGGUGGGCCUAUGGCGUUCUUUUAUAUGAAAUGCUUGUAGGACAGCCUCCGUUCGACGGCGAAGACGAAGAGGAACUGUUCGCUUCCAUUACAGAUCACAAUGUUUCGUAUCCUAAGGCUCUAUCAAAAGAAGCGAAAGAAGCCUGUAAAGGGUUCCUAACAAAAAAUCCAUCAAAACGUCUCGGUUGUGGGCCACACGGCGAAGAGGACAUUAGAAUUCAUCCGUUCUUCCGACGCAUAGACUGGAUAAAAAUAGAAAAUAGAGAAGUUCAACCUCCAUUCAAACCCAAAAUCAAACAUCGGAAGGACGUGAGCAACUUCGAUCGGCAGUUCACCAGCGAAAAGACGGACCUCACCCCAACAGACAAGUUAUUUAUGAUGAACCUUGACCAGACUGAGUUCUUUGGAUUCUCCUUUCUCAACCCAGAGUACGUUCAGCAUGUCUAGGAACGAGGAAGACUCUUUAUUCUUGCUAGUGAAUAUGCCUUCUGACGAAACAAUCUCGAAAGCGUUUCGAAACAGGUGGUCAAGGCCGCAAAGGAAAGGCAUUUUAUUUGAUAAAUUACGGGUUUGGGAUCCACGCGAGGAUGAUUCUUUUAAAAUAUCAGUUUCGAAAAUGGUUUUGUUUAUGUGACCGUGAAGAGAUGAAGGGGUAGUUGGGGGGGGGGGGAGGAGAAAAGUAAAUUUAUUUGAAGAAAAAAUUUUUUCUAUUUCUUUUCAAUAACAAGGAGAAUUUUUUUUUUUCUGAAUCUGGUAUGACGGCGGUGGAUUUCGGCUUCAAAAAUUCUUAUGUAAGUUUUUUUUAUGUUGUGUUCAUAAAAAUAAUAAUAAGCAUUUCAGUGAAGGAUUUUGUUUUUGAAAAUGUGACUGUCACAUUCGUUUCCUUUGAAAGGAUUGAGAUAAUUAACAAUCUAUUUGUGUCGUUUGAUUAAAAAAUUAUAUGUUUUCAAAAAUUAUUAAAUCGCUAUGAUAUGUACUUCUGCUUUCUUAUCGCCACCAUUUUGCUUUAAUUCAAAAGAGGAUUUUCUGAUAUUCAAAGCUACUGUUUUUGAAAAAGGUUACAAAAUAACGUGGUCCCAGUAGCUCACAUGCAUUGUAAAAUAUUUAUGGUGUUCAUGAUAUUGUACAAUGACAUGAAAUUUUAACGAUGGCAUCAGCUCGACUAAUAAAAUAAUUAAAUUUAUUAAAUUCAAUUAUUUUUAAGUGUAUAUAUAACACAAACUCAGAACAUUUAAAGAAGAUAAGUAUUAAAUCGAUAAUUAAAGUUUUCAUAUUGGGGGUCUGGGUGCAUAUUCACUUCCUUGUUUCUCAGCUUAGACUACUAAGCUAAACUUCAUACUGUAGAUGGCGUUGCUCGUACUGAUAAAGCGCGGGCAUAUGUCACGGUGCUACUUUAACGAGGCAACUUACAUUGUUUAUGUCAGGCCUUAUGUGCCUUCCAAAAAGAUGCGAGGGGGAAUUUUUAGUACUGAUUAGUUAAAAGGACCAUGUACUGACGACAAUUUUACAUAAUACUCAUCGACAAGAAAAUGGCGAGUUUGAUGUUAAUAUUUAAUAUUGUACCUAAAAAACGGGGCCAAAGUUUGGCGCUGUUUUGCCUUCUUGGUAUGUUUUUCUUCUGGCAUUUUUUCUCUUGACAAAUUUGUUGCUCAUGGUCCCUAUAACAAUCAGGAUCGAUUUUUCCUCUUAAUUGUACUUCCCAAUUAGUGAGAUUCACGCCAGAGCCUGAAAUCAUUUUGUAUCGAGUUUCUUAUAUUCUUCCUCCUAGUAUUUAAGAUAUUGUGCGCUAAUUAUGCUGAGUAAUUGGAGCUAUUUUAAUUUUGCAUAACUAACAUCUGUUAAUUUUAUGCUAAAACCGUUAAAUCAUAACUAAUUGUUAUAUAAACAAAGAAAAUAAUGUUUUUAGCCGCAUUAAAAAUGAAAGUGCCAUGUUAACAUUGAUUGAAUGUAGUAGCAUUAAUUUGCAUACUCUUGGACAGAACCAGGAAAACUUCCAUUUCGCUUUUUUCUUCCACAUUCUUUAAUAUUUUUAAGCAAACUGGUAAAUAAAAUCGUCUUGUAAGAAAAAAAAAUGAGGAUUUAAAAUCUUAUAUGCUACUUUGUUCUAUAUGGAUUCUAAAUUCCACAGGUGUUAGUUAUGCUCAGUGACAACACGCUCCUUUGAAAAUAUAGUUUUGUCAGUGAUAUAAAAUAGUAAUUCCUAAGUUGGUGUUGUGACAUAUUGAUUCUCAAUAGCGGCUAUGUUUUUAUGGAAAUGUUGUGUUUGGCUCCUAAUGUUGCAACUUUAACAUUACUUGAUUUCGUUUUUCUGAUCUUCUUGCGAAUAACUGAAAUUUUUUUAAAUCAUCCUUCAUAUAAAUUAAAAUAUUGGUAUAAGAAUGACUGAUAUCUAAAAAACACAGUAGAAUUUAAAGAAGAAAUAUUAAUUUCCACGAAUUUUAAACAUAUCAUCAACUGCAAAAGUCAAUGGUUCUUCCACAUUUGCUUUUAUAUAGAACAUAUUUUUCAAUUUUUUUUUAGAUAAUAGAGAGAGUAAUUCUGAGCCUAAUGUGUCGAUUCGGACUAUAUAUAUAUAUACUAUUAAUAUAUAUAUGUAUAAUUAUAUACGAUUUUAACUCAUAGUUUCAUCAUAUUUCAUAUGGGUUAAAAAUGAAUGCUAAAUUUCAUAUAUAGAGUAAAUGUAUUGGGCAAAUUUUCAGAAAACUUCUUCAUAAAACAACCUAGAGAUAUGUCACUUUGUAUCAUUCAGAUUUCGGCUUCGAUAAUGGUAUUUCAUCUUCGAAAUCUUUUUCGUUUUCGAACGUUUUUCGAGAUUGUUUCUCAAGACUUGUGAUAGUGGCUCAAAGGACAGAAACGACGAACCAUCAUGUUAUAGUUCUCAAACCAGUGCAGCUUUAUCUACUUAUGUAAUCAAUCAUAUUUGUGUGCAAUUGUACAUUCAAGAAGCAUGUUAAUGUUUACAAAUUUAUAUUUCCAGUUCUAGGAAUGGAUAAUUUGCAUGUGUAAAAACUUAUUUAUAUAUGAUAAUAUACAUAAAUUGUUAAGCUGUCGUUUAAUUAUGAAUCUUCAUUCAGCAAUAUUUCAGAACUUCGAGAAUUUCUUUAAUUCAGUUGACAUUUUUUCACUAAUUGAGAGUAUAUUUGAAUUUGUCUUAAAUGCUUUUAGUUAUGUUGCAUUAAAGAAGCGUUUUAAAUUUCUGUUAAAUUGUAUAAAGUUAUUUUAAUUUUCUAUUUAAAUAAGAUCUAUUUUUGUCUAAAAUGAAGAAAUAAUUAAGAAUUAUGGGUGAUAAAAAAAAUACAACAUGGUGCCAAAAGUAACGGAAUGUUUUGUAUAAAGAGGGCAUUAAAAUAGGCGUCUUUUAACUGUCUUCAGAUAAUAAACAAAAAUUAAAGAAUCUUUAUAAUGGGAAGUUAAAGGUAAUUUCGAUAUAAAUGUAGUAUUGUGACAUCUUUGCCCACAGAACGACAUUUAAUAAUAUUUAAUUAUCAAAGGUCUUGAUGAAAUUUAUUUUAUAAAAUGAUGGGCAACUAAAAUUUACUUUAAACCCAAUCAUAAAAUAGAUCAUCACAUUAAUCUUUUUCUUUUAGGAUUAUUAAAUGAGAAAUAUUAAAAAAUAAUAAUUAAAUAUUUAUUAAUGUAUGCUUGAAAUCGAGGAUUUCGCUAUCAUAAUCUGAAACUUUAGAUAUAAUGUAACAAAGAAGAAAUAAUUAUGGAAUUUACUGCAUGAAACUAACCAUUUUGAAAGGACCUAAUAAAUCAUUUUUGUGAUUUAAUAAAGACAUAUAUAUGAUGAAACAUUAAAAAAAUGAGCUAUUUAAAUUGUUAUGUAUUAAUGUUAUCUAAGACUGUAAAAAAAAAGAUAUAUAAUAUUAACGCAUAUUAAUAUUAGUUCUUUCAAACUAUCUUCGAUUAAUGUUAUUCUAUUUAGUUACAGAUAAUCAAUAUUUAAUUAUUACCUUAAUUAAUUACAUUUCAAUUACAAGUUCAUAUCAUCAAAGUAACACGUUUACGGAGAAAAGCUGAACAUUUUGAGCAUACCACUUUUUCGAUAUUUUUAGUUGUUCACAACUUACUCUUCAGAAGAGGUAUGAAACAAUUUUAUACUUAUAGUCAUAUUUUGAAACGUCUCUGUUAGACAGAUUAAUUUUGAAGUUCUAUUAGCUUGAUUUCUCUUGUAUUGUGAAUAAGAAAGAUGUAUUUAUAAUUAAAUAAUGUACAUAAAUGUAAUAUAAGCUGUAUAACAAAUAAAAGUUUCUCACACCUUGAA